GUUGUGGAGUACGAGCAGAAGAUACUGCAGUCUAACAAUCUGGUUGCUCAAAUUAAUGACGUCCGCGACAAAUACCGCCAGAUGAAGCAGCAUGCCGCCAAUUGCGAGCAGCGGGUGCAGCACGCAGAAGCCAAGGUGCAAGAGCACCCCGGUUUCAAAGCAUGCUUCGGCGGGGAAGAGCUAAAGAGGGCGACGUCAGCCCUUGCUGGCGGAAUCGAUAUGCCUCCCUUGGACGGUAAUAAGGGCAUAUCCGCCGCGUCCGGGGCUACAGCCCAGUCGUCGCGUCCCAGCUCCGGGGGUGAUGCGUCCAUCUCAGCAAUACUUGAAAAGACCUCACAUCCAGGCGCCACGGAAAGCGACCUGGUGCUGCGAGAGCUAGCUCUCGCAGCCAACCAGUACCAGCGGUCGGAGGCCUUAGCCGGGCCCAGCGGCCAGGAUCACGAGACGCUCUACAACCAUGGACUGGUAUUACAGGAAAUGGCGGCGAAGCUAAACAGCUGCCCGGCAGACCAGCUAAAGCUGCUGCAACAGGCGUGUGAGCUGUACGCCUCGGCUGCUGCUGCACGGCCGUCCUCUCACAACGUAUUGUACAACUGGGGCGUGGCGCUGUCAGACCUCGCACGACUGCUCAGAGACACCCAGCCCGCGGAGUCGUUGAGCUUCCUACAGCAGGCAAGUCCGCCCGUCCAUCCGUCCUCCGCUGCCGUGGCGGGGCUCCGACAGGCCAGUCACAAGUACGCGGGCUCUCUUGACUUGCAGCCCGGCAACCCCCAGGCGCUCAACAACUGGGGGUUGGUGCUGCAGGAGAUGUCCGGCCUGGCGCAAUCGGCUUCAGAGCGGGACCAGCUGGUGUCGUAUGCCCUGGAAAAGUUCCGCCACGCGAUUCGGCUGCGACACGACUUUGACCGCGGCUGCUACAACUUGGGCACAGUGCUGUACACGUACGCAUGUGCCGUACAAGCCGAGCUCGCGGCAGAGCUGAAAGGUAGGACCCAACAGGAGGGCGCUGUGUGGUGCCUGGAACAGGUCCUGUCGGGCCGUUGGUCGUUUGGUUGUUUCCAUUGGUCGGAGGGAAACCCCGUCCGUGACGUGGACAGCCCACACCAGGGAUUCACGUACCGAUGCUGUCCGCAUGCGGGAUUCAAGACCAGCGCCGUGCCGCGGCCCGCCACAGCGUCCGGGCGCCUGACAAGUCCGGAUGCGGCUACCAGCCGGGAACGCCACCAGCGAGAGACCCGGACUAGGGGCCUCUUCACCGCAGCUGCGCAGUACAUCUGUUUGGCAGCCGCUUUGCAGCCGGGGAGGGACAUCUACCGGCGGUCUCUGGCGGUAGUGAAGCCGCUGCUGCCGCUGCCCUUCCUGCGCGCCGGCUACCUGAUGGCCCCCCUGGCCCACACGCUUGGCUCAGCGGGGGAGAUGUGGCGCCGGGUUUGGUUCGUGCUGGACCACACGUCCCUCCGCUCGGCUUCAGAUUUAGAGAGCUCCCUCAGCAACACCGCCACGGGCUCUCUGCCCAGCUCGCAACCCACCUUGAGGGUCGGCCACGCGGUCGGGGAGGUGCCCCUGGUGGUGCCGCUGGGGGACGUACUCGCGGUGCGCAGGGUGAACGAUCCGAGUUUGCCUGAGGGGGAGGCCUUGUGGCUACAGCUCUCUAGGCCGCUAGGCAGUAGCAUUAGCAAGGGUGUGGGCAGUUUGCAACCGCAACUGCAAUCUCCACCGCAAGGCUCCUUCAGGGACUGGGAAGCAGGACCUGUAGCAGACGGCGAUGGCGGCAGUAGCAGUAGCAGUGCUAUGGAGGCGCCAUGCGCGCAGCCUCGUCUAUGUGUAUGGCUGGUGGCGGACGAUGUGGACAGCGCUGAUGCUUGGACUGAUGCGUUGUUAUUAGCUCAGCAUGUUGUGAAGAGCAGGUCGCCGGGGGCGUUGGCCGAGGCAUUGAUGCCGGUGGCAGCGGGCGGAGGACGCGGGCCGAGCGGUGGGGGUGCCGGAGGUAGCGGGGAGGGCGGGUUAUGGAUGUACUGAGGGGGGUCUUGUCAGGAGACGGUUCCGGGUUUCCUUUUCAGAGGUGCGUUUUCCGUGUAUAGGUGGUUCGAGCAUUCUUUGGGAAGAGGGAGAGUGUUCUAUGAUUGAUGUCUAAAGUGCAUCCGACAGGUUACAUGUGAUGCUGUUCUGCGAGGACCCCCGGGUAGUGCGACCUGUUGUGACGGUGCUGGAGCGGGGGUGUUCAUUUGGUUGGAGUGACCACUGUCUCUCCUUCAUGGGGGCCAUUGCAUAUCCUUAAGGUUAGGUGGAGGAGCGCCUGCGGCUUGGCUUGCUCAGCCACAUGGCGACGGAUGAUCUUAGGCGCAGGUACAGUGAAGAUGUACGAAGUGCUGGGAAAGGGUUUUACGUGUUUUGUUAGAAUGUAUUUUUUCAUCUUGAGGACUCGAUGAUUGUCGUGCUGGACCAGACACUGUUAUGCCGAUGCCGUUGACGCGUGACAGUUGUGUAAGGAGCUUGGGAGU